AUGGACGUUCUCAAAAAUAAUUUCCACGAACUUUUGCCAACUAUUACAGAGGCUAUUCAAGGGGCCGAUUUUAUAGCUCUAGAUACUGAAUUAACAGGUAAGUUCGAGCAGCAGCUACUAAGGCAAGUUAAACGCGUCGUAUCUGGUGAUAAUGGAAUACCGUAUUUGAAUCAUACGGAAGAAGCAAAGCUUUUACAGAAAAGAGCUGAUAUUGCACAGAGGCAGACAGGCACUAAUGAAAAACAACUAAAAAUAUCAACCCCCCAUAUUAGCCAGAAACGGCUAAUCUUUCAGGAAAUCAGGGCAAGCAAGCCUAAAUGCAUAGUGCUUGAAAAGUUGUCAGAUGAACAAAAAGAGAAAUAUUCUCAAAACGAGGCAGCUGAAGCUCUAGCUGCUAGUAUAAAUUUUCGAGUUAUUCUUGAGUUGUUGGUGCAAUCAAAAAAACCUCUGGUAGGUCAUAAUUGUCUCCUGGAUAUUUGUCAGAUUGUUCACCAAUUUUGGCAAGAUUUGCCAGAAAAAUUGAAAGAAUGGAAAAAUAUUUUAGAAAUUGUUCAAGAAGAGCAAUUUGAAAAGUUAGCACCGAAAGUUGGUAUGCCUAUUUUUACAUCAUCACCGAUUCUGGAUCCUAGAUUCACUCAAUAUACGUUUAAUGAUGAAAAUAAAAAUCACGAGGCCGGUUACGACGCGUAUAUUACUGGGUAUAACUUUAUCAGAAUUGCAGUAUUUAUUCUCCACGAAAAAGAGGAGAAGAUUGAUGUUUAUGCUAAUGUAUUGGGCGAUGGUCCGACAAAUGGACUGCCAAAUGAACUGCCAAAUGAAGAUAUGGAAACAGAUCCAGAGCAAACCGAAGAAAAUGAAAUGAAUUUAUUUCAAUAUAUGAUGUCAACAGAAAAAUUGACGCAUAUAUUUUUUCAAUGGAUUGAUGAUACACAUUGUUGGCUUACUGUUAAAAGCGAUAAGAAAGUAAAUAAAGUUCCAAAUGGAAUCUUGGGUCAGUCAAAAAUGUUUUCAGAGUUUCUAGAAGGUGGUAAAAAAUAUAGUCUGGCACAAGAAAAAGGAAUUACAAAGGAAAUGGGAGAAAUUUAUAUCCGGUCAUUUGGUGAUUGGAUACAAGAAAUAAUAAAAGCAGAAGAAGAGGAUGAAAAUGAAAUUGAACCUCAAGACAGUGAUAACAUUUCAGUCGAUGGAAUAAAGGAUGAAACUUAUGAUAAUAUUGUUGAAGAGAUAGAAUUUGAAUAUAAUGAACCUUUCUCAAUCCCUCGAGAUGAAUUAUCAACCUGGGGAAGUUUAAAAGACGAUUGGAAUGAAGAUAAUGAAGAUGAUAAUGCAAUAGAUACGUCUAGUGGAUGGGGUCAACCUCCUACAUAUCCCUCAGAUUCAAUAAAUACCAGCGCUAAACAUGAAAAAUUAGAUGAAAAUUAG